AUGUCUUCACAUGGAGCCUGCAUUGUCCAUUUACAAAGGAAUGUCGUGACACAGUUUAAAUCUGAGCACCUCAGUCACCUGACAUCAGUAGCUGGCCGUGCUUACCGUUUCAGCGACUUUGUCAAAGCCUUCCAUGAGAUAAAGUCCAUCGAUGUUAGGUGUGCUGAAUAUCUGGAGCGAGUUGGUUUUGAACACUGGACUAGGUCUUAUUUCAUAGGUGAACGAUACAAUGUGAUGACUAGCAACAUUUCAGAAUCUUUAAACAAGGUGAUGACAAUGGUUAGAGAGUACCCCAUAAUGUCAAUCUUGGAAACGAUAAGAACAACCCUUGUUUCUUGGUUUGCUCUAAGAAGAGAGUCUGCAAACACUGAAAACGACAUUGUGAACCCAAAGAUACAAGAAAUGCUGAUUGAGAGUUUUCACAAGUCAUCCGGCUACUUCGUCAUGAAAAUCGGUAAUGGACUCUAUGAGGUUCGUGACGAUGUUGAUACGGCUUUUGCAGUGAAUUUGUGGGAAGAAACCUGCGGUUGCAGGGAAUUCCAACUACUACACAUUCCUUGUUGCCAUGCCAUAGCUGCAGCAAUAAAAGAAGGCGUCCGUGUAGAUAGUUUGGUUGACAUUCAUUAUUCAACCGAGUAUCGGAAGUUGGCGUACAGUGGGGUUAUUAUGCCGGUGCCAGAUACAGACCAUCUUGCUCCAAAGCCAGAAGAUGUAGGUGGUGGAAAUCUUGCACCCCCGUCUGUUCGUCGACCACCAGGAAGGCCACGGAAGCUGCGGAUAAUUCUCGUGGUGAAUUUAAGGUAG